GUUUGUUUGAAACUUGGAGCGCACAUACACACACACACGUCAGUGAUGGUGCUGGUGUUGGGCUGGCUCUGACACCGAAUAUUAAACCAUUUAUGGUUUAUUUAUGUUUUAAUUGAGCUGUCAGUUUUGUUGUGAGGAUUCUCCAUCUCGUUCUCGGCGAACUGAAGUUUGUGGAUCUGCCGAGACGAGAAGACAGACUCGAAGAGGAGGAUAGCACUAAUAACUAUCUACAUCCUGUGAGUUGUGCAUCUGACACUUAUUUUCACUAAGGAGUUUCUUGAGGCUGCCGGUUUGGAGUGGUGAACGAGCGGCGAGCUGCUUUAAAGACUGCAAUGCAUCGCUUAAGGACUUGUGCCGCCCGGUUUCGGCCACUCACAGCCGCACAGAACACUCAGAAAGUUCUGCAGGAGAGGUCAGCGGCUUGUGCACUAAGGACGUUUCAGACAAACAGGUGCUACACAGCGCCUGUUGUUGCUGAGCCCUUCCUCAAUGGCACGAGUUCCAACUACUUGGAGGAGAUGUAUUAUGCAUGGCUGGAUAACCCCAGGAGUGUACAUAAGUCUUGGGACAUCUUCUUUCGCAAUGCCAAUAAUGGUGCGCCCCCCGGCUCUGCCUACCAGAGUCCCCCUUCUCCUGCGGCGAUAACAUCAGUGCUACCUCAGGCACUGGUUGGAUCUCAAGCCAAUGUGGAGAAGCUAGUUCAGGACCACCUGGCUGUGCAAUCCCUCAUCCGUGCGUACCAGAUACGUGGGCAUCAUGUUGCCCAGCUGGACCCCUUGGGAAUUAUGGAUGCUGAUCUUGAUUUGUGCAUCCCCAUGGAUAUUGUCACAUCUUCCCAUAAGCUCGGCUUCUAUGGUUUGAGCGAUUCGGACCUGGAUACAGUGUUCCGACUUCCCACCACCACCUUCAUCGGGGGCAGUGAAAGCGCACUGCCACUCCGGGAGAUCAUCCGCCGCUUAGAGAUGGCGUACUGUCAGCACAUCGGAGUGGAGUUUAUGUUCAUCAACGAUUUAGAGCAGUGCCAGUGGAUCCGGGAGAAGUUUGAGAAACCUGGCACGAUGCAGUUCACUCCAGAGGAGAAACGUAAUCUUCUAGCCCGCAUGAUCCGCUCUACUAGAUUUGAAGAGUUCCUGCAGAGGAAGUGGUCCUCAGAGAAGCGCUUCGGACUGGAGGGAUGUGAAGCACUCAUCCCUGCCCUCAAGACGAUCAUCGACAAGUCGAGUGACAAAGGUGUAGAGAAUGUGAUUUUGGGCAUGCCCCACAGAGGACGCUUGAAUGUACUGGCCAACGUCAUCCGUAAAGAGCUGGAGCAGAUCUUUUGUCAGUUUGAUUCCAAGCUCGAGGCUGCUGAUGAGGGAUCAGGCGAUGUGAAGUAUCAUUUGGGGCUGUAUCACAGACGGAUAAACCGCGUGACUGAUCGCAACAUCACCCUGUCGCUGGUGGCCAACCCAUCUCACCUGGAGGCAGUGAACCCGGUAGUGCAGGGCAAGACCAAGGCUGAGCAGUUCUACUGCGGAGACACACAAGGCAACAGGGUGAUGUCUAUCUUGCUACAUGGAGAUGCAGCGUUCGCCGGUCAGGGCAUCGUGUAUGAGACCUUUCACCUGAGUGAUCUUCCCUCCUACACCACUCAUGGCACAGUACAUGUGGUAGUCAACAACCAGAUUGGCUUCACCACUGACCCACGUAUGGCUCGCUCUUCUCCAUAUCCCACUGACGUGGCCCGGGUGGUUAAUGCCCCCAUCUUCCAUGUCAAUGCCGACGACCCCGAGGCCGUGAUGUACGUGUGCAACGUCGCUGCAGAGUGGAGGGCGACGUUCCAUAAAGACGUGGUGGUGGACUUGGUAUGUUACCGGCGGAACGGCCACAACGAGAUGGAUGAGCCGAUGUUCACGCAGCCGCUUAUGUACAAACAGAUUAAAACACAGAAGCCUGUGUUGCAGAAAUAUGCGGAGAAGCUCAUAUCGGAGAGAGUUGUCACCAGACAGGAGUAUGAGGAAGAGAUUGCCAAUUACGACAAGAUCUGCGAGGAAGCUUACGUACGCUCCAAAGACGAGAAGAUCCUCCACAUCCGACAUUGGCUUGACUCUCCCUGGCCUGAUUUCUUUACUUUGGAUGGCCAGCCUAAGAGCAUGGGCUGUCCCUCCACCGGCCUGAACGAAGAGCAGCUUGUCCACAUCGGAAAAGUGGCCUCCUCUGUGCCUGUUGAUGACUUCACCAUCCACGGAGGUCUGAGCCGCAUCCUGAAGAGCAGAAAGGCAAUGGUGGAGAACCGGACAGUGGACUGGGCCCUGGGCGAGUACAUGGCCUUUGGUUCCCUGCUGAAAGAAGGCAUCCAUGUGCGGCUUAGCGGCCAGGACGUAGAGAGAGGCACCUUCAGCCACCGCCACCAUGUCCUGCACGAUCAGAAGGUAGACAAGAGAACCUGCAUUCCUAUGAAUCACAUCGACCAAAACCAGGCUCCUUACACCGUGUGCAAUAGCUCGCUGUCAGAGUAUGGAGUAUUAGGCUUUGAGCUGGGCUUUGCGAUGGCUAGCCCUAACGCACUGGUGCUCUGGGAGGCACAGUUCGGAGACUUCCACAACACCGCCCAGUGCAUCAUCGACCAGUUCAUCUGUGCUGGCCAGGCCAAGUGGGUGCGCCAAAAUGGCAUUGUCCUACUGCUUCCCCAUGGCAUGGAGGGAAUGGGUCCCGAACACUCCUCGGCUCGUCCAGAGCGUUUCCUCCAGAUGUGCAAAGACGACCCUGACGUUUUCCCUAAAAUCACAGCUGACUUUGAGGUACAGCAGCUGUAUGACUGUAACUGGAUCGUGGUGAACUGCUCCACCCCAGCCAACUACUUUCACGUGCUGAGAAGGCAGAUCCAUCAAGCCUUCCGCAAACCCCUAAUUAUUUUCACCCCCAAAUCCUUGUUACGCCAUCCGGAAGCCAAGUCCACAUUUGAUGACAUGCUCCAAGGCACACACUUCAAGCGUUUGAUCCCAGAGGACGGCCCAGCAUCCCAGAAUCCAGCUGGAGUGAAGCGCAUCAUCUUCUGCACUGGGAAGGUGUACUAUGACCUGAUCAAACAGCGCACGAACAAAGAAAUGGAGGAAACUGUGGCUAUUGCUCGCAUAGAACAGCUCUCUCCAUUCCCGUUUGACUUGGUGAAGGCAGAGAUUGAGAAGUAUCCAGAGGCUGAGCUGGUAUGGUGCCAAGAGGAGCACAAGAACCAGGGCUACUACGACUACAUCAGGCCACGCAUACGCACCACCAUCGCCCGUGCACGUCCUGUCUGGUACGCCGGGCGUGAACCCGCUGCUGCCCCGGCCACUGGGAACAAAAAAGCCCAUCUCCUGGAGCUGGAUCGUUUCCUGAACACAGCCUUCAACCUGGAUGCCUUCCAGGACAAGCCCUAAACGCUACUCUACCCAAAACCCCCUCUCUCCUCGUCUCCAGCUACAGAUAUAAUGACACUGUUUCCCACUCGUUAUGCUGGCACUGUCUCUGUAUCGCUACAAUAAUGAAGCAUCAGAGCUGGCAAGUCAGGUUAGACAUUGGCGCAGUAAUUCGUUUUUAAAUGAAAUUCAAAACACUGGUUGCUUUGAACCUUGGGACAUUGUGCAAAUAUUCCAGGAGAGAUGGGAGACGGAGACUGCAUGUCUUCAAUAUUGAGGCUUUUACUGCUGACAAAGUGCAUGAAUCAAAACAGACAUUUUAGUUUGCUUUUUUUUUUUUAAACGCUCUGCAUCAAAGUGCACACACAAAUGCAACAGAAGAUUUGCAAUCUUCACACAUCAGGACACCAAGGCCAGUAAAACUAAAGGUUUUAUGAGCAAGUGGUAGGAAAUGGACAAAUCUCUGUUUUUAAUAGAUUGUGAAUGGAAUAUUUUCUGUUUUCCCAUUUUAGUAUUAAAUUUUACUGACCAACUGAUUGUACAGUAGGCCCAUUUCUCCAGUGGCAAUGACUCAGGCUUUGCAAAAGUGAGUGAGUUACCGAGUGAGUGAGUGAGUGAGCUAGCGAGUGAGCGAGCUAGCUAGCUUCAAUAAAGUUUCAUCUGUUUUUAAACACA